GACUGAGAUGAAGCCAUAGAUUUUCAAAAACUAAAGUGCUACUAUUUUGAAUAACCCUGUCACUUACUAUGUUUGCGGCGCGUCCAGGAUUUUUAAAUCUACUAAAAGAUGGUGGAAGACAUUUUUCCGGGUUAGAAGAAGCUACAUAUCGUAAUAUAGAUGCGUGCAAAAAUUUAUGCGAACUUUUAUGCACAUCUUUUGGACCUAACCGAAUGAAUAAGCUAAUAGUGAAUCAGAUUGACAAGAUUUUCGUUACAAGUGAUGCAGCAACAAUUUUAGAACAGUUAGAAGUUCAGCACCCAGCGGCCAAGCUUUUAGCAAUGGCAUCCAAAAUGCAGGAUCAAGAAUUCGGUGACGUUACAAAUUUUGUCACAACGUUUGGAGGAGAAUUACUUUAUCAAGCGGAAACACUUUUACGUCAAGGACUUAGUGUUUCAGAUAUAGUAAAAGGGUACCAGCUCGCUUUAAAUAAAUCAUUGGCUCUUUUAGAAGAAUCAGUAUGUUACCGUGUUACGGAUCUUCGACAACUUGAUGAAUUAAAAAAAGGGGUACAUACAGCGAUAGCUUCUAAGACAAUACCAUCUUCGGAGACAAUCGCUAAUUUAGUAGCAGAAGCUGUUCUUUUAACAUUACCUAACAACCCUACUUAUUUUAAUAUAGAAAAUAUCCGUGUAGCUAAGCUUAUAGGUGGAGGUUUGGAAUCACAAUCUAAAGUUAUUCAUGGAAUGGUAUUAACGCGUAGCGUUACAGGAUCUGUUUGUCACAAAGAAAAUUGUCGUGUAAUGGUGAUUAGUUGUGGAUUAGAAUUAGCAUCUACAGAAACAAAGGGAACUGUUUUACUCACAAGCGGAGAGGAGUUAUUGAAUUAUACAACUGGAGAAGAAGAAAAGUUGGAAGAAAUUAUCAAAAAUAUUGGUGAUGCGGGUGUUGAAGCUAUUAUUACUGGAGGAACGAUUAGCGAUUUAGCUCAAUAUUUUUGUGAUAAAUAUAAUAUUUUAACCUUAAAAUGUACGUCGAAGUUUGAACUUCGACGUUUAUGUCAAACAUUUGGUAUUCCUAGUUUGAUUCGCUUAAGUACACCAACGUCUGAAGAAAUGGGGAUUGCAGAAUCUAUAACAGUUGAGGAGAUAGCGUCCAAAAAAGUUACAAUUAUUAAAGCGAAAGACUCUAAAAUUGCAACUAUUCUUUUACGCGGAGCUACUCAUAGUAAUUUAAAUGAAUUAGAGUGUAGUAUAGAUGAUGGAGUGCAUUGUGUGAAAAAUUUAAUAAAGGAUAAUCGAUUUCUUGCUGGUGGCGGUGCUAGUGAAAUGCAUCUUGCUUACAGUAUUCAAGAAUAUGGAAAAACCUUAUUAGGUCUUGAACAAUAUGCCGUGAUUAAAUUUGCGGAAGCUUUUGAGUGUAUACCACGAAUCUUAGCUGAAAAUGCAGGACUUUCAAGCUUAAAUAUUAUAACUCAAUUGUAUGCAGCACAAAAAAAAAAGCAACAAACAAUGGGUGUUGAUAUUUUAAUGGAAGAUAACGAUUCAUCCGGGAUUACUGACAUGAUAGAACAUCAAGAUACUCCUGUUAUUGACCAUUAUAAAGCAAAAGCUUGUGCUUUACAAUUAGCAGGGGAAGCUGUUAUUACUAUUUUACGUAUUGACCAAAUCAUUAUGGCGAGACCGGCUGGCGGACCUAAACCACGUACGUUAUCAGUUGAACAUUACUGGCAGUUUGAGAUAAUGGUAUUUGUGUAUGUAGCGCAACAAAAUCAACAUUGGGACCAAGACUAAUUUGUUUAAAUAGAAUUAUAAUUAAAUGACAUAAAACAAAGAGACUUUAUGAAAUUUUUUCAAAUUACUUCUUUUGUUUUGUUUUUUUAUCAAAAGCGAAAUAGAGAUUUUCUGAAUUCAGUUACAAUCCAAACUGUUGUUUCAUAUAUUCUAACGUGCAUGCACGCUAUAACAAUUCAGCAUACAUUAAAAAAAAUUUUUUUUUUUUCUUCUAAAGCCAUUAAUCGUUUAGUUUAUAGUUUCAAAUGUGUUAAUCAUAAAUAUUAAGAGUUCGUUUUUGAACUCACCG